AAACCCGAACACGAACCCGACCUGACCUGAUCCGUUUGCCACCCCUAGUGGCACAGGGCAAACCCCCGUGAGAGGGAGCAAAAAUUGAAGAUACCCUGUCCUUCCAUCCCUUCGCCCAUCACCUCCGUCAAUUCAAUUAAAACCCCCAAUACCGUUCUCUUUCUCUCUCCUCUUUUUCUAGGGUUCUUACCCUUCAAUGUUAAUUUCCCCAACUUAAACCCUAAUUUUCAAUUACCGAUUCGAUCAACUAUUUUCCGGCGAAAUCAAUGGAUUCUUCAACAACAACCGCCACCACAACAACCCCCGCCGCCGCCGACACCACCACUACCGCCGGAAAUACUCCGACGCCGAUGUCAAACGUCAAUGGUCCGCCUCCAUUUCUCUGUAAAACUUACGAUAUGGUGGAUGAUUCGGCAACUGAUUCGGUAGUUUCAUGGAGUUCUACUCACAAUAGCUUCAUCGUUUGGAACCCUCCUGAGUUUGCUAGAGAUCUUUUGCCUAAGUAUUUCAAGCAUAACAAUUUCUCCAGUUUUGUUCGACAGCUUAAUACCUAUGGAUUUAGAAAGGUGGAUCCAGACCGCUGGGAAUUUGCAAAUGAGGGAUUUUUAAGGGGUCAGAAACACCUGCUUAAGAAUAUCACUCGGCGAAAGCCUGCUCAUGGACAAGGUCCACAACAUCAACAACAAGCAAAUACACAGACUUCAUCUGUUGGAGCUUGUGUUGAGGUGGGUAAAUUUGGGCUGGAGGAAGAAGUGGAGAGGCUUAAAAGAGACAAGAAUGUGCUUAUGCAAGAACUUGUUAGAUUGAGACAGCAGCAGCAGUCAACUGAUAACCAGUUGCAAACCAUGGUACAACGUCUGCAGGGAAUGGAACAGCGCCAGCAGCAAAUGAUGUCAUUCUUAGCAAAAGCUGUACAGAGUCCUGGAUUCUUGGCUCAAUUUGUACAGCAGCAAACUGAGAGCAGCAGGCGCAUAUCUGAAGCUAACAAGAAACGAAGGCUUAAGCAAGAUGGUGUUACUGAGAGUGAAAAUGCUACCCCUCCCGAUGGACAAAUUGUGAAAUACCAACCCUUAGGGAAUGAUUCUACUCAGGCAAUGCUCCGGCAGCUAAGGAAUUUGGACGCCAAUUACAAUAGCAACUCCGAUAAUUUCUACAUUGGCGAUUCAUCUUCUACUAGUGCAAUGGAAAAUAAAACACAAGCAAAUCGGGUAUCAGGAGUUACCCUUCAAGAGGUCCCACCAACUUCUGUACCAGCUUAUGUGAUUCCAACUUCUCAGAUUGGUGCUGGUGGUCCUGAUGGUGCUGUUGUAUCUAAGAUAAAAUCGCCUCCUGUUAUGACCAGUUCUGAAACUGUAUCCACUCCUGCACUCUCAGAAAUAAGUGGUCUUUUAAGCCCUGAAACAAUACCCUCUGUAAGUCUUCCACAGACAAAUAGUGUCAUGCCAGAGAUAUCCUCUUUGCCUGACAUUGUACAUAAUUCUGUUGACAUUCCUGGGGAAAAUUUCCUGUUAAAUGAGACAGGAGAUGGUGACUUUAUGGAUCUGACAUCUGUUGACUUUGACGGGACAAUUCCCAUUGAGCUGCCUCCUGAUGCUGAUCUAGAUUUGUUUCUUGAUGAAGACUCAUGGGAUCAGUUUAUAAACCGUAACAAUUUAAUUCCCUGUGAUUACAAUGAGCCUGAGAUGCCUAACGUUGAAAAUUCGGCAGAGGUAAAAGAAGUGCAGCCCUUAGAUAACGGGUGGGACAAACGGCAAAGAAUGGAUCAGCUUACAGAACGAAUGGGUCUUUUAAACUCAGAUAACCAAUUAGUUUGAUUAGCCAUCUGUACAGUUAUGGCUCUUACCAUCCAAGAUGUUUUUGAUUGCAGGCUUCAACUCACUAGGGAAGGCCUAAUGAUAUAUGUUCCAUGCUUUUUUUCUUGAUGAACAUUUUCUUUACAGCUCUUUCAGUUCCCGUGUAGAACAGCCAUUUCUGGCUCAUAAAUUUUUUGGCCUAGACCAUGGAUUCUUAUGCAGCAUGCUGGCAAGGAGUUGGUCAUCUUGUGAUAUGCUUCUUUCCAAUUGUAUCAAUAUCAAGAUUAAUUUGUACAAGACAGUGAAGCAAUUUAGGUUUGAUGAAUGAUUUACUCCAUCUUUGAUGUAAUUUUUUGCUCAAUUCUUUUGCUCGUGUAGCUAUGUAGCAAACUGGCUUUUAACUUUGAACUUAUAAUUGCAGAGGUGAUUGUCAUCUCUUUCUUUUAGCUAUGGUCUCACCUGUGUGUAAAGUUUACGCUUUGACCUCUUUAUGAGUUUUUCUCAUUCGAUAUAA